ACCGCGACCAUUGCAAUAUUCCGUUUCCCGCCAAAAGAAGUGCUAAUAGCAGAUGACGCCGUAACGUUGACAGUAACGUGCGUGUAUCCAGUACGUAUAGUUGUCAUUUUAGUGACGUCCCCGAGUUGUUUCAGUCGACGUAACGGUCGACGUCGCACUCGUACUCUAUGUUUUAUUCGUGUGAUUUUAUCGGCUAUAAAAAUGUAUAUCAAAGUAAGAACGUUGGAAGGUGCUGAAGCAAUUAUAACAAUUUCGAAGCUCACUCAGGUGGAGGAUUUAAAGCGCGAGAUUGAAAAAGAACUGAAUGUCGAGACUGAUUUACAGAGAUUAUUUUUUCGCGGGAAGCAAUUAGAAAAUGGCUACAAGCUGCACGAUUAUAACGUUAAUUUGAAUGAUGUAAUACAAUUGAUGGUGAAAAUAAAAUUAAAUAACAUAGAGAAUGAGGCUACUUCUAGUAAUAAUGACAAUAUUGAAGAAAAAAAUAUAAAUAAAAAUAUAAAAAAGAAAGAAGUAGAAGAUAUUGAAUUAACAGAAGCAGAGAGUUUAUAUUAUAAAAUUGGAGAUGCAGUAGAUUGCAUUGACCAAACGUAUGGUGCCUGGUUUGAAGCUAUCAUAAGGAACAUCUUUAAACAAAGCACACAAAUAUUAUAUAGUAUACAAUGGGAAUUUGAUGAUCAAGUUCCUCCUAUUAAUGUACCUGAAUCAUCAAUAAGGCCACGUGCCAGAUGUCUUAUACCAUUUGAUAACUUAUCUAUUGGUCAGAAAGUAAUGAUUAAUUAUAACGUGGAUGAUCCCAAAGAAAUUGGAUUAUGGUAUGAUCUUACCAUAUCCAAAUUACAGAAGAAAAGGAAAUUAGAAGAAUUAAUUGGGAUACUACACAUAGGCAGUGAUAAUAAGCUGGAGAAUCGGAGGGUCAAUCCCAGGGGAGAGAUAUAUGCAGUGGAAUCACCUAAGUUAUUGUCAGAACGAUCAACCGAAGAUGAAAGAUUCAUGAUUAGCAGUGGCAAACGCAGACGUAUUGCAGCUGCAUGCACCUCAUGUAUGGACAAUCCUCGUAGAAAAUGUCGAGAAUGUGGUUGUAAGGUUUGCGCUGGCAAGGAAGAGGAACAUAACCUCUUGCUUUGUGACGAAUGUAAUUCAGCUUAUCACCUGGGAUGCUUGAAUCCACCUCUCACCAAAAUUCCAGAUGAGGAUUACUGGUACUGUCCUGAGUGUAAAAAUGACGAAAAUGAAAUCGUUAAGGCAGGAGACAAGCUGAAGAACUCAAAGAAAAAGUCCACUGUUCCAGAAGAUAAGAAGAACAACUCGCCCAAAAGGGAUUGGGGAAAAGGAAUGGCCUGUGUUGGGAGAACAAAAGAAUGUAGUAUCGUGCCUCCAAAUCAUCGUGGUCCAAUUCCAGGUGUUGAAGUUGGCAUGCGUUGGAUGUUUAGAGUGCAAGUUUCUGAAACUGGAGUGCAUAGACCACAUAUAGCUGGUAUACAUGGACGAGAAACGGACUGUGCGUAUUCUAUCGUCUUGUCCGGCGGUUAUGAAGAUGACAUCGAUAACGGUGACGAAUUUAUAUACACUGGUUCUGGUGGCAGAGACUUAUCAGGUAAUAAAAGAACUGCUGAGCAGAGUUGUGACCAAACACUAACAAGAAUGAAUAAGGCAUUAGCUAUAAACUGCAAUGCUAAGUUGGAUGCAAAAGUGGGCGCAACGGCACAAGACUGGAAGGGAGGUAUACCAGUUCGAGUGAUUCGUAACUACAAAUUAGCGAAAUAUAGUAAAUAUGCGCCGCGGGAAGGUAAUAGGUAUGAUGGUAUAUAUAAAGUAGUGAAAUAUUAUCCACAUACAGGUAAAAGUGGUUUCCGUGUAUGGAGAUAUGUAUUAAGAAGAGAUGAUCCUGCUCCCGCACCUUGGACUAAGGAGGGUAAGGAGAGGAUUGUCUCACUUGGUUUAAAACUUCUGUAUCCUGAUGGCUAUCUAGAGGCGAUGAAGAAAACUACUUCAAGUAACAAGAAACGGCCUGCUUCUGAUGAUCUAGAGGACAUCGCAACUUCGAAAAGAAGUAAAAAUGCGUUUAAGAAGUUGAAGCAAGAGACUUAUAAGAUGGAAGACAAAUUGAUAAAUCUCAUAAAGGAAGAUACACUAAAUACUAAAUUAUGGGACGAGUGUUGCGCAACUAUUUCGGAUGGCAAAUCUAUAUUCCUAAAGCGCGUUAUGGACAGAUUCCUGUGUGCUUGUUGCCUCGAAAUAGUUUACAAUCCUGUAACUACUCCUUGCGCGCAUAAUAUAUGUUUAAUUUGUUUAAAACGCAGUUUCACCUCUAACGUAUAUUCUUGUCCUUCGUGCCGGCAUAAUUUGGGUAAAAAUUAUAAAAUAGAAAUUAAUCAGCCAUUAUCAUCGGCAUUAUUAUUGCUUUACCCCGGUUACGAUGGUGGAAGAUAACGUCAACUUUCCUGUACCAUAUUACAAAUUCGAACUCCACUAUCGCCCAUUAGAGUUUCUGGCUGUUCAUCAAUUAAGUUUCAUGCGAAACUUAAUUGAUUACGUCAGAAGUGAGGAGAUAUGUAGAGGAGAUGGAGUAAUAUGGAAGAAUAAUAAUAUAGAGGAGAUGGAAUGAUAUGGAGGAUAUAUUCAAAUUCCUGCGAAAUACACGUAGAAAUAAAAAGAUAUAUAAAAUAAAAAGAUUUCAUAUAAAAGAUAUAUCAAUAAAAUGACAUUUACAAUCGAUCAAGCAAAUGUGUAAAAUAAUAUGAAUAUUUUGUUCUAACAAUUAAUAAAUAAUCUUAAAAUUAACAUGACAUGAAAUCUUUCUUUUUAAACUAUUUUUUUCUCAUGAUUUUGUCACAUUAAUUGUAUUGUCAGGGGAAUUUUCAGAGUACUUUAUAUAUCUGCUUUUGACUGUGUCAUUUCUAUAUGUUUUAGAGAUCAUGUUUUUAUUUCUACAUGUUUCGCAAGAAUUUUGAGCAUAUUGUCUUGUGUUUAACAUAAUAAAUCAAAAUAGUCGCGGCAAGUAGUCAGGGGUCUCGAGACUUAAGACUCUGGUCCUUCACCGUACCUAUCUUGAUUUAUGAUGUCAGAAGUAAGAAAAUAUGCGCGUCUUGUAUGUCAUUUCAAAUAUUAAGAUAUUUACGUAAGACAAUCCUUAAGAUCGCUUGUGCAUACUUAUGAAUUGCUCCGAAACCUAUUUUUUUAUUGAUUAUCAAUAAAUAGUCAUAAAAUUGACGUGACAUGCAACUUCUUUUGUCAUGAUCUUUGCGUAAUUUUACGGCUAUUUAUUGACUACUAAAGGAAAAGGUUAGUUUUCAAAACAUUUUACAAGUAUGCUCAAGUGAUAGAUGGUGUUCUGUCAUUUAAAUACCUUUGGUUAUUAUUGAUAAAAAAACUAUUCUUUAGUUUCGCUUCUUAUAAUGCAUUAUAAUGCAUUCGAAAAUAAUAUUUUAAUUAAUUGUUUGACUAAGUUAAAAUUGUGCUUUUCUUGCGUACAUUCCUGUUCUUCUUGUCCGCACGAGUUAAACGAAAAUUAUAAAGCCGCAGGUUAAGCUGUAAUCCAAAAAAUUAUUCUUUGGUUAUGAAUACAAAUUUAAUUAUGUAUAUCAA